CCAUAACUGUUGCUGGAGGUCACGUGACCUGCACUGUUCACAUUCAAGACAUAUACUGUAAAAAUGGCGUCAUCCAUGUGAUAGAUAUGUUGUUACACGCUCCAACUCAGACAAUUGCUGAGCACAUCUCCUGGAGACCGGAGACAGCAUAUUCCAACGUUCUGAUUUCCAUGCACACGGACGACCACUACGAUCUGAAUUCCAUGGCCUCUAACUACACUGUGUUUGUACCCAACAACAGUUCGUACAGUUACCUCCCCUGGCAUACACACGAGCAAAUGUUCAAUCGCAACUUCAGUGAACAGGUGGUUAGGGCGCAUAUUGUGAAAGAUGAAUCUCGAACGCUGGACGAGAUACCAUCAGGCAGCAUGCUUCCUGCCAUCAACAACUUUAUUUAUGUGCUCAGAAAAGAUGGUAAAAUCUUUGUAGCCAACAAUAAUAUUAUGGCUGAGGUUGUGCAGGCAAACAUCCCGGCAGUCAAUGGGUGGAUACACAUCAUCAACAGAGUGCUGGCAGUGCCAUAUGAAAGCGUUGCUGACGUUUUGUCUACAAGGGACGAUGUCCGGCUCUUUCACCAAUUGAUGUUGCCAUUGAUGGAGUAUAAAGAGCUGCUAAAGGCAUCGCUGCGAAAUGUCACCUUGUUUAUCCCAUCCUCUCGCUACAUAAACACACUGACCCCAGACCAGCUGGCCAGAAUUAGCGGAGAUGUCGUGAUUCUGAAACAGUUAUUCUAUGGUCAUGUUCUUCCAAAUGUAAGACUGGAUGGCAUGUUUCUACGUCAGUACCCAAACGCGGAUUAUUUCUCUCGUAGCUCUCACAAUUUGUCCUUCAAAAUCAGCAGGCGAGAGGAAGAACUGUAUGUAGGUGUGGGGUUCGACAUUCAACCACUUGAUGUCACAGGACGGCCAUUUGGGUGUACCGAUGGAAUUGUGUAUAUCAUCGAUGGCUUCCUGAAUUAUUCCCCCUUUACUGUGAUGGAGAGAUUGAAAAGAGAGCCAGGGCUCAGUGCCUCAUUUGAACUAAUGCUACAGCUUGUGCACCAUUCCGAAGUCGACGUUUUGGGGGCCACCAACACGUCGUUCACAUUCUUCAUGCCCGAUGACCUGGCAUUAGAUUACUUCAACAUCAACCAGUUACAGAAGCUACAGAAUCUUCCCUACAAAGAGAGACACAGAAUGUUCUGGCGCCACUGCAUCAAUGGGUCAACGCUCUACUUUGAUGAUUUAAGAAAUGGCUACAUUUCACCAGAUGUUUUGUCCGAAGAAGUUACUUUAGAUGUGCAGAAUGAAGCCGUCUACCUAGUCUACAAGAGUGUCCACAGUAAAGUCAAGCAGUGGAACCUGAUUGCUAGCAACGGUGUCAUUCAUAUUCUUAUGCAGUUCCUUUGUGAAAUGAAAAAGCCAGAGGUUUUUACACUAGCCCCAGUUCAGCCCGCACAUCCUUCCACUCGGAUCGGCAGUUUGCGAUCUUCCACCCCUGCAGUGACCAGUGCGUCGGUGCUGCUUGUCGGAGCACAAUGGUUUAUGUUAAUAUUUAUAAGACUCACUUAUAAAUUGUACGGUGAUAACACGUGUGUUGUAUGA